AACUUUAUCUUAAAGAAAAUCUAAUAAUAUUAACUAAUAUCUAAUGAACUACUUAAUAACAAUAUUUAAUAAUUUAAAUUUCAAAAAAAAAUAAAAUAUACAUAAAAUAUAUAAAAAAUAAUAAUACUACUUAAACUUUACUUACCACUGCUUGAUCCACUAGAUUGCAAGAAGAAAAAUGUGUUAAAGUGCUUCAAAGGAAAGGAUGGAGGAAAGGGAGCAAGGACAACUCGCGGGACAAGAGGGAAAUGAAAAUGGAAGGAGAAAGACCAAAAUGAAGGCAGAAGGGCGGGUCGCAGGAUUCUCGUUGACCGGGCCAUUCACCGACGAGCAUCAAGUUGGCAAUGGACGUCUUACCGACCUGUAUCUCAUCGGUAAUGACAUAAAAGCUGCAACGCCACCGGCCUGCAGCCGGAUUCGCGGGGAGUUGCUGAAUGCCAAAUUACCGACAAGGCUUGGGUCGGCAAAUUGCAGCAAAAAGCUGCACUCCCUGCCGCAGGCGGCUAGCUGGUUGGCGGGGGGCGUUCUUCUCGUCGGUGAUAUGGCUUUCCGUCAUCCUCUCACCGGUCGGAGUAGAUGCUGCAUUUACCGACGUGUGACACGUAUGAAUUCUCUUGAAUUACCGACAAGUGUUACGUCGGUACACUAAAUAAUAUAUCUUACUCGCGUUUUGACUGUUUCGAAAGUUGCAGACUUGAUUCUUGUCGGUAAAUUGAUGCUUCAUCGAGAAACCUUCUUACCUCGGUGAUAAUGGGUCGGUGAAGCUAGGUUUUCUUGUAGUGCUUCUUAUCUCUUACUGAAACCAAGACGCUGUGGAUGAAGUCUCCAAAUAGAAACAAGGCCCCCGU